AUGGCAGGACAUCACGAUUCGAGCCGCAUAUCGGACCACUCAGAGGAUUCUGAUCAACCACCACAAUCAAAUUUACAAUUUCACGACAUCACACAGAGUAUAACAGCACCGAGACCCCUGGCACACGCCCAGACAAAUGGCACCGGAAUCAGCCCUACACAAACCAAUGGAUCACGUAUCCAACGGAAUGAGACUCGUUUAUCUCAAAAGUCAAGACGGGCGUCAAAGGCGUCACGGGAUCCUAAUCUCGAUAUCAAUCUGCCCUACCGAACUUUGACUGCAACCGCCAACCUCGAGGAGUACAUUGCGGAGAAGCCCGAAGGAGAAAUCCAAGGGCCAGUAGCACCAGAUGGAAAGCACCAAUACAAACUCGUCACGUUCUUGCCGGAUGAUCCAGAGAACCCAAAGAAUUGGUCCAAGGCGUACAAGUGGUGGUGUACGAUGGUGGUUGCAUUAACUUGCUUCGUCGUAGCAUUGUGCUCCUCUGUUAUCUCGGCGGAUAUCAUGGGCGUGGCGGACGAAUUUCACAGAUCGGAAGAAGUGGCUCUCAUCAGCAUUUCGAUAUUUGUUGUUGGGUUCGGAGUCGGCCCUAUGAUAUUUGCUCCACUUUCGGAAAUUCUCGGUCGUCGAAUCAUCUAUGCAACCACCCUUUUCGUGGCUGUAAUUUUCAUCAUUCCCUGUGCUGUAGCGAAGAAUAUGGCAACCCUGCUGGUUUGCCGUGCCAUAGAUGGUAUUGCAUUCUCCGCUCCUAUGACGCUUGUUGGAGGCACUUUGGCAGACCUCUGGAGGACUGAAGAACGAGGUGUUCCCAUGGCCGCAUUUUCGGCAGCUCCAUUCAUCGGCCCGGCAAUUGGUCCCUUGAUCGGUGGAUUCCUCGCUGAUGCUGGGGGAUGGAGGUGGUUAUAUUGGAUCCAGCUCAUUUUCGCUACUGUCUCAUGGGUUCUGAUUACUUUUACCCUCCCUGAAACAUACGCACCCACGAUCCUCGCUCGCCGCGCGAAGAAACUCCGUGAACAGACUGGAGAGAAAGAGCAUGUUACAGAGCAAGAUAUCGACAAGCGCCCCCUUAGUGAACGCCUCCGCGUCUUCCUCCUCCGGCCCUUCCAACUCCUCUUCGGCGAACUCAUCGUCUUGCUAAUCUCCCUCUACAUGUCCGUGCUCUACGGCCUUCUCUACAUGUUCUUCGUCGCAUAUCCCAUCGUCUACCAGCAAGGAAAGGGUUACACCGCUGGUAUUACAGGCUUGAUGUUCAUCCCCAUCGCCGUUGGGGUCCUCUGUUCAGCUGCCUGCGCACCCAUCGUUAACGCUCAUUACCUCAAGAUUUGCAAGAAACACAACGGUUCCCCCCCCGCAGAAGCUCGCCUCAUCCCCAUGAUGGUCUCUUGCUGGUGCAUCCCCAUUGGCCUCUUCAUCUUCGCCUGGAGCUCGUAUCCGCACCUCUCCUGGGCCGGCCCAGCAUUCGCCGGUUUUCCCGUCGGCUUCGGCUUCAUCUUCCUCUACAACUCCGCGAAUAACUACCUAGUAGACUCCUACCAACACCAAGCCGCCUCCGCACUUGCAGCUAAGACGUUCAUCCGAUCCUUCUGGGGCGCUGCUGUUGUGCUGUUUACUGGACAGAUGUAUGCCCGUCUUGGGUACCAAUGGGCUAGCUCUCUGCUAGCGUUCAUCAGUUUGGCUUGCUGUGCUAUUCCUUUUGUGUUUUAUUUUUACGGCGCGAGGAUUAGAAAGCGCAGCAAGUAUGCGUACAGUGGGGAUGAUGAGGAGACUUUGAAUACCGGCAGCGGGAGAGCUACGAACCAGGAGCUGGAGAGAGCAAUCAGUUAUGUCAGUAACCCUUGA